CCACGAAACUCCUCCUCGUCAAAAUCCGAGGCGCGGUCGUCAAACAACGAUGGCGAACCCGAGUCCUGGCAAACCCGGGUCUUACGCUCCCCCGAAUUAGGCGAGCCCGCACGUAGAGCCUCGGCCUGGAACAAGUCGCGAUGGUGCCAAGCAGAAUUGUCGAACAGACCGGCGCCCAGAACAUCGUAAACGCAUGUGGUGGUAUAGCACAGGACGUGCUAGGAGAAGGAAGCAAAAAAAAGUUCAUGAAUGAGGAGCAGGAGGAGGAGGAGCAGGAGGAGGAGGAGGAGGAGGAGAACGAGGAGGAGGAGGAUGAGGAGGAGGGAAAUCAAAAGACUUACAAGACUGAAACACCAGGCCAUGGUUGUCACGGAGUCGGUGCGCAGCCUGCACGGGCAUCCCUUGUGGGCACUCCACGGGAGGAUAGUAGGCCAGCACACGGCAGGCCCAUCACGAAGUAA